AUGGCGAUCCAAAAGAAGCAUGGAAAAGGUCGUUUGGAUAAGUGGUAUCGCCUUGCCAAAGAAAAAGGUUACAGAGCUCGUGCUGCGUUCAAGUUGAUUCAAUUGAACCAGAAGUAUGGAUUCUUGGAGAAGAGCAGAGUCUGUAUCGAUCUUUGCGCUGCGCCAGGUUCUUGGUGUCAAGUCGCUGCAGAGUACAUGCCGGCGCAAAGUCUUAUUAUUGGUGUCGAUCUUUCACCCAUCAAGCCAAUUCCCCGAGCCAUUACUUUCCAGAGCGAUAUCACAACGGACAAGUGUCGCGCAACGAUUCGAUCGCACAUCAAGCACUGGAAAGCCGACGUUGUGCUUCACGACGGUGCCCCCAAUGUCGGUGCUGCGUGGGUACAGGAUGCUUUCUCGCAGGCAGAACUAGUUUUGGAGUCCCUGAGACUGGCCACUGAUUUCUUGGGCGAGGGCGGAACUUUCGUUACAAAGGUCUUCCGUUCUAAGGAUUACAACCCUCUGUUGUGGGUUUUCAAGCAGCUGUUCAACUCCGUCGAAGCAACCAAGCCUCCUUCAUCCCGAAAUGUCUCCGCCGAAAUUUUCGUCGUUUGUCGCGGAUUCAAGGCCCCCAAGCGCAUUGAUCCCAAGUUCCUCGACCCAAGACACGUUUUCGCUGAGCUUUCUGCUCCCACUCCCAAUUACGAAGCAAAGGUUUUCAACCCCGAAGUGAAGAAGCGCAAGCGUGAAGGUUACGAGGAAGGAGAUUACACCCAGUUCAAGGAGAUUCCGGUCACAGACUUCAUCAACUGCACGGAUCCCAUCGCUAUUUUGGGUGGCUACAACAAACUCAGCUUCUACCAACCGCCCGGAGGAGAUCUUGCGAUGUCCACACUCGAGCGAUUGGAAGAGACCACAGAUGAGAUCCGAACUUGCUGCGAGGACUUGAAGGUCUUGGGCAAAAAGGAGUUCCGUAACUUGCUCAGAUGGCGUAUCAAGUGUCGCGAGAAGUUCGGACUCGUCGUCAAGAAGAAGGCAGGGGACGAAGGCGAAGCCGAAGAGGUAGCCGAGGUCGCCCCUAUGGAUGAAGAAUUGCAGAUUCAAGAAGAUUUGAUCCGUAUGCGUGAACAACAAACAGCCAAGGGCAAGAAGGAAAGGCGCAAGGAGAACGAAAAGAAGAGGAAGGAUAUCAUCCGAAUGCAGUUGAACAUGACUACGCCUAUGGAUAUCGGUAUGGAGCAGCUCGGCAUGGGCGGCGAAGAAUCCACAUUCACCCUGAGACGCAUCGACCGGGAGAAUGCCCGAGAUGCGGUCGUCAAUGCUCGUGAUCUUCCUGCUGAGAGCGGAAGCGAAGAUGAAGCUGAAUCUGAAGAUGAGGAGAGCGAUGAUGAGGAAGACCGUCUCGAACGGGAGCUUGACCACAUGUACGAGCAAUACACUGGCCGCAUGGAGGACAAAGAUACGAAAUUACGUGCCAAGAAGACCCGCAAGCAAUACGAGGUCGACUCCUGGGAAGGCUUUUCCGAUAAGGAGAACAACAGCAGCGAUGAGGAGUCAGAUGACGAGACUGCCGUUGCAGAUCAAGCAUCUCGCUCAGAGAAGCUUUCGAACAACGCCUCCAUAUUCUUUGACCAAGAUAUCUUCGAAGGCCUAGACGGAGAGGAUGAGGAAGAAGAGGAGGAAGAAGAGGAAGAGGAGGAGGAAGCAGAAGAAGAGGACGAUGAAAGCGACAACAUCUUCGCAAUGGAUGAAGAUGAGGAGGAAGCUGAGGAGAAGUCUGCGUCCAAGCAAAAGAACAAGAAGGAUGCAAAGAAAAAUGCAAAGACGGAGUCUGAGUGGGUUGAUGAUUCUGAUGAGGGUGAAAUCGAAGAGAAAGCCGAUCCGCGCAAAGCCAAUGGCCAGCUUGACAUUGAUAUCAUUACUGCUGAAGCCAUGGCCCUUGCGCAGUCAAUGGCCACUGGCGAGAAGAGGUCAAGUGACAUUGUUGACGAUGGCUUCAACCGAUUUGCCUUCCGUGACCGUGAUGGCCUUCCCGAAUGGUUCCUCGACGAUGAGGGCAAACACAGCAAUCCUGUUCGGCCUACCACCAAGGCUGCUGCGGACGCCAUCAGAGAAAAGAUGCGUGCCAUUAACGCACGCCCGAUCAAGAAGGUCAUGGAAGCCAAGGGACGCAAGAAGUACAAGGCCGCUCAAAGACUCGAGAAACUGCGCAAGAAGUCCGCGCUUCUGUUGGAAGAUGACGCCCUCAGUGAGCGGGAUAAGGCUGGCGCCAUCGCAAGACUGAUGAGCCGGGCAACCAAGAAGAAGCCCAAGCAGGAAGUCAAGUUGGUGGUGGCUAAGGGUCCUAACCGUGGUAUCUCUGGUCGUCCUAAGGGUGUCAAGGGCAAGUAUAAGAUUGUCGAUGCUCGUAUGAAGAAGGAUGUGCGUGCGGAAAAGAGACUGGCAAAGAAGAAGGCAGGGAAGAAAUAA